AUGGCUCGCAUCACAAGACAGAACCGGGCAGAUGGGGCGAAACUCAUCCUCACCAUCGACAUCCUGAUAAACAACGCAGGCGUAAUGGCCAUCCCCACCCGACUCCUCACCAAGAACGGACAUGAAACAACCUUUGCAACAAACCACAUCGCCCACUUCCUCUUUACCAACCUUCUCCUGCCUAAGAUGAUCAAGGCCAGUUCUGCCUCCACUACCAUUGACUCUGACUCUGGUCUUGCCCCCCCCAACAAGAAUAAUAAACCUCACCUCCUUCGACCCACCUUUCACAAAGCUCCUCGGCGAACUACCCUAGUCCGAGGGUCCUUGGCUUCAGAAAUAAUUUACCUCACCGGCAGCACUCACACAGAUGAGGCAUGCUACAGCUUCUUCUCAUAUGGGCAGUCCAAGACCGCUAGCAUCCUAUACGUGGUGUCCCUCAGCCAGGAACUAGCUAAAUUCAACAUCGCAGCGCUCGCGGUGCCCCUCGCGCCGUGGACACGGGGAUCAACCGGCAUGCGACACCUAGAUGGUCUAAUACGACUAUUCUAG